AGGCCGCCAGCCGUUCAAUAUAUUCAGUGAAAAGAAAAGCAAUUAAUAUGAACGGCGGCUCUUCUCGUUAUCAGUUUCAAAGCAAGGCUCAGGCGUCAAAGCUGCCGCUAGUGGCGGCUGCGGCGAGAGCUCUCACAAUAGUCUCAGUGGUGAUUGCACUGGCAAUCACAAAGAGUAACCAGGUAAAGCUGCCCGGAGACGAUCGCUAUAACUACUAUCUACUCAGUUACAAGUAUGUGAUCAGCUACAGGUAUGCACUUGCUGUUAUACUGUUGGCUGCAGUGCACAAUGCACUGCAAAUGCCAUUUGCAGUCUAUUAUGCCAUACGAAGGAAGCGUCUCCUAAACCACAGUGUUUUUCUCAAGUUCGAGUUCUACGGCGACAAGAUUAUUUCAUACGCAUUGGGAACCGCCGCCGGAGCAUACUUUGGGGUGACGGUGGAUGGGAAGAGGAGCAUAAAGUAUGCGCAAAAAUGGGAGAGCAAAUACAACGAUUUCUACAACCUAGCAUUCGUGGCAGCCGGCUUCCUCCUCCUCGGAUUUCUGUCUUGUGUGGCAUCUUCUUUCAUAUCCUCUCUCGCCGCCUCCCAGGGAGAAGACGAAUAGUUUGCACUGAAUUAUAUACAUGAAGAUUUACAGAUUCCAAUAUUUAGCUAAAGCAGAGAUGUAUUGCUAGCUAGCUGUUUAUCUUGUUAAUUGAUAUUAAGUAUACCUAUCAGACUAACCAAAAGUCUGAGAAAAAUUAUCUCGUGUGCCCAAGAUUUGUAAGGUUGUCUAAUUAAUAUUUCUGUAAUUUGAGAUUAAUUAACUAUAAUUGCUUCUUAAGAUGGUUGAGAACUA